CACCUGCCACAUACCCCCAGAGGUCUCGCUCCUCGAGUAUAGACUGCAUCUGGAACUUCCACGAGAUCCAGUUCUCGCGGGUCAGAGCCUUGACCGUGUACUUCACGGUGGUGGUGGUGUCUUGCUCACCGGACAUGAUCUAGGGGUGGAUGGCUCGGAUCGAUGAUGGAUGCACCUGCGUCUAGACAGGGCUCAUAACCUGUGGUGAACGACGAUGGCAUUGAGCAUAGGUCUGCGUGAGCAGACCCUCUAUCUACGUGGCACGCUCAGAUCCCUAGGUGCGCAGCUUGCACACCGACCUAACCCUUGGCUCACGAUCUAGAGCUCGACAACAUAUCCCUCCGUUUUUGUGGUUAAUGAUCUCUUCUGCCCUCCAUCUUCAAUCUGCUCCAUAAGAACUCGCAUGCCUGGACCACCGAUGCUCCAUUAUAACCCGGCGGACAACAACAGCUAUGAUUGGUUGAGCAGGGUUCCCCACGACGUCUGGCACUACCUGUUUGCCCUGUGCUUCGAUCAAGACCAAGGAAACGGCAUUCUCAGUUUGAUGUUCACGUGUCGGUACAUGCAUGAAAUCGGCGUCAACUAUCUGUAUUCUCAAGCGAACAUCUUCUUCUCCGGCCUGGAUGGGAACUUAGUCCAAUACACCAGGGGAAACUACCUCGCCGCCUCCGAGUUUGUACUCAGGCACUGCAAGGCUAUCAGAGACGUCAUGCUCCUCUGCGACGACGAACCUUUUCUUCCUCGAUUCAGUUUUGUGUCAACGAUUCCACACCUGCGCAGUUUGAACCUUGUCACCCUUGAUAUUACUCAAGAUGUUCACACAUUUCUCCUCGGCAUUCCCAAUCUAUCAUCUCUCGGUUUCCUGCGUUGCUGGAUCGAAGCCGGUAACAAUCUAUUCGAACUUCCUCCUCAACAACAUGUGGGCCUCCAGUGCCUAGAAGUCAGCACGCUGAAUGUGGCGAUCCGAGAUCCCUUUGGCGAGGACAUAGCAUGCCAGGAGUUCAUGGCAUUUUGGACGGCAUGGGUUGGUCCUUCUCUCAACAUGCUUGAUUUUGAAGGGCCUCUCUUCAGAGUAUUUGGACAUGAUGAGAUCAAUCAUUACGACAGAGCUUCAAGGAAUCUGCGUUUUUUGGAGCCCUUGUUUGCAAGCAUUCCAGCCACGAUCACGCACCUGAAGCUGUCAUUAACGGCUAUGGACUCCGAGGCCCUAGCCGGUCUGCUUGCCAAACUGACAAACUUGCGUGCGUUCAUAUGCACUCAGCAUUCACCAGAUCUUCCCGCUGCCCUUAGCCGGCCAGUCUGGAGUGGGCUUUCCAAUCUCACAUGGGUGUCUGUAACACCAGAAUAUCUACAAAUAAUUUGGCCUCUUGCCUAUGCGACGCUUUGA